ACUGGAUGUGAAGGUCGAAAUGUUAGGUAAAGACGAGGAAGAAAUGGUAAAUUGGUGAUGCAAUUGGUAGAGUAUCUGGCCAUUCUGAUUUAGGACUUGAAGACUUAUAGAAGUUGGAGGAUUUAGGUGUUGUGUAUUUUUCAUUCGACAUUUUGGAUCAUAAUCAAUAAUUUUUCUGAAAAUUUAAUGCUCAGUCUAAACUAAAACUAGGAAAAAGAAAGAAGAAUAUGGGGAGCUGUGAAAGAAGAGGAGAAGUAAGACGAUACUUACGCUCUAAGGUGCCUCGCCUUCGCUGGUCUCCUCAUCUCCAUCACAGCUUUGUGAAGGCAGUGCAACAUCUGGGAGGGCGAGAAAAGGCGACUCCGAAACUGGUCCUUGAGCUGAUGAAUAUUAAAGGACUUACAAUCUCCCAAGUUAAAAGCCAUCUUCAGAUGUACCGAUCUAACAAGGUGGAGAAUGAAACUGAAAGGCAUGCAGAAUGUAAACCCAAAUCCUUUCUACAGCAGCAGAUGCUGAGCUCCCAAGAGCUUUGUUCUACAGACAAGGUUGACACUCAGCUUUCACUUAAAAGGUUAUGGCAGGAAGACUCCUCUGCCAUGGCGGAUGGAACACAUUCAACAAGCCUACAAGAAAUUUCUUCAGAACGCUCAGAUAUGAGCAGAAGCUAUGGAGCUCACAUACAAGAUUAUAUGGCCAGAGAAGAAUUUCAUGCAACCAGAAUUUCUAGCUCAAACUGUACAUCCCAGAAAAGAUUAAAGGCCAAUGAGAUGAAGCAACUUGUUGAUUUAUUCUUAUCAAGUCAACAAUGUGAACAGACUUGCAUGCAGCAGCCAUUACUUUCGAGGGCCCAUUGUGAGUUACAAUUGAUUCAAAGACUAAGUCAAGAGAGUGGAAAAUCAGCAGUCUGGAAAGAGAAUGAGAAGCAGUGUGAAAUGAUGGAUGGUUAUCCAUCUCUAAGCAUUAAUACCAAGAAAAUCACAACCACUCCAAUGGAUAUCAAUUGUCUGCCGCCAUUUCAUACUAACUUUCGACCUGAAUGUACUAUGAAACUAGAUCUUACCAUGUCUAUUUGAACGAGUCCCAUUCACACAACACAAUUGUCUCUCCAUGAAACUAAUGGUAUUGUUUAGUAUGAGUUAUGUUGAAAAGGUCGUGUCUGUAUAUUUUGUUAAUGUAUGUGCUUAUGAUUCUUGUUAA